AUGCGUUUGGGCUGGCGGCCCGAGAUUUACCCGAAGGAGCUCGCGACAAAGGCAGGCUUCAACCUUCCUCAAAUCGAACGGCAGGCAUCGCAGCAGGGGUUUUUGAGCGACAAAACCACGCAUUUUGGUCUGGACUGCGCUGCCGUCUGCCCCAGAAGAUGGUAUCAAUACACCACUAUCUUUACAGUAUCCGAUAAACGCGUCAAUUACUCGCGCCGAGCUGCCGCACGCAGUCGCGCAAUUCCGAGACAGAGACCAUGGGGCUCUGCCAAUCAUGCCUGGGACGGCGACAGAGGGACGUCUACGAUGAGGUGCGCUCUGCUGCUGAUAUCUUCUCUGUCAUGCGAUUCUUCCGAUACUAACUACGUGUUGCUGCAGAGCGAGGAGAACCGGCUACUGUACGAUGACGGUAAUGGCGUGCAGUAUGGCAGCUUCGGCGAUGCUGCGCUGAACGGCGAAGGCGACACUGCAGAGGUCCAGCGAGAGAACGAGGCUUUGCAGAGAGUUGUCGCAAAGACAUCCAACAACAUGGUCGACAUCUUUGAGAUUGCUCCACAGGAUUCCGGUCGGAUGUCAUCGUCGACAUUUGUCUACACCGGCCAAGGUGCUCGUGUAGCGCGCUAUCACCAUCUCGUGUCCAAACUGAGUACGCAUGAAGACAGCCCGCCGCCCGGCAUCAAAGUCGACUGGCUUGCCGACGAGGAUGCAAACGAGCUGCAUGGGGACCGCCCAGCCAGCCUAAAGACACUGGACGAAGACGAUGCGGCGCUUGUCGGCACAUUUGCAGAUGCGGCCGAAGCUAUGAAGGAAUAG